AUGUUGUUCAUUUAAUUAAGACUUUUGAGGAAGAAGGAGAAUAAAGAACUGUUAUUUUAGAAUAAAUUAGAGCAUUUUUACACUCUAAGAGAUUUAAUUAAUAAUAAUCUUAUUUUUGGAUACAUUAUAAAUUAUUUUACAUAACUGGUUUCAAAGAUUCUAUUUUUUGAAAGACUAUUUGAAUUAUGUAAAGAUCCUAUUUAAUUUUUAAGAUUAUCUACUAUCAUUGUUAUUGAUAAAUUUAUAAAAAAAGAAGGUUUCCCGAAGAUAUGUAAAUAUUUAAAAUACUUAUUACAUUAAUUUAUCGAUGAUCGAUGUAAAAAAAUUUAAUUUAUUCUUAAUGAAUAUAUUUUUGUGAUCCAAAAAACUAAAAAAAGACUCUAUCAUGUAGAUCACGUAAAUGGUCAUUUAGAAGGUAACCCAGAAUUUGAUAAAAAAAUUGAGCAGAUUCUCUUCAGGUAAAGUUUGAUAAUAUUAUACAUAAUUUAAAUUCCAACUCUUAUGAUCAACAUUUAUUUUAAUUUAAUAAAAUUUUUAUUUAAAAACUUCAAAAUAAUUUCAAUUUUUUCAAGAGAGAUUAGAUAUAUAUAAUCGCUCUAUCAUUUAUUUAUCUACUUUUAGAUGUUGUGA